CACCCCUUUUCUGAAAUGGACGAAUCUAUCCGGAAGUCUCGUCUGAAGUCCCGUUAUUUGCCGGGCUCUCGCGAGACGUGCAGGGCUAGGAUCGGGAUGGCUGCGGAGGGUGAGUGCUUGCCGGUUUGGGGAGAAGAAAACCUGUAUUCCGACCAGACCACGCGGUGGAAACCCAUCUCCCUCACACAUGUGGAGUACGAAGAAGGAGACCUAAUCGGCAAGGGUCUGGCCUGGUGCAGUCUCACACCAGUGUUUAUCUUGGUGGGGUUUGGGACUCUUCUGUUGUUCAGAAGAGAACUACAUACUAUAUCCUUUCUAGCAGGCAUCCUCAUAAAUGAAGCUGUUAACUGGGUACUAAAGCACCUCAUCCGUGAACCCAGACCAUGUAGAGGUCACUCUGUAGUCUUCAGUGAGUAUGGGAUGCCAUCUAGCCAUGCACAGUUUAUGUGGUUCUUCUCUACAUACAUUGUCCUUUUCCUCUAUGUAAGACUACAUCAGUCCUACACCAGCACUCUACUAGAAAACAUGUGGAAACACUUAACAGCAGUCGGGGUCUUUCUGCUAUCCAUGCUUGUAUCCUAUAGUAGGGUCUACCUUCGCUACCACACCACAGUGCAGGUGGCAGCAGGUGCAGUAGCAGGCAUUCCUCUGGGCAUCGUCUGGUUUGCCAUUGUACAGCUGGCAUUGACUCCAUGGUUUCCCAUGAUUGCUGCAUGGCCAAUCUGUGAACUGUUCAUGGUUCGAGACUCCACACUCAUCCCUAACAUCCUGUGGUUUGAGUACACUGCAGCAAGAGCUGAAGCAAGGACCAGGCAUCGCAAGUUGGGGACCAAGUGCCAAUGAAGAAGUGGCGCACCACACAUGGAGACAUCUCCCAAGACAACGGAUCAUCAUAAGGCUUGUGUUGUGGUUUGGUUAGGUGUUAAGCCUUGGUGCAGCAUGCUUAAAAAGUCUGCCAAAGGCUUGUUUAAAAGUGAUCAAGGCUAGCAUCUUCCAACAACGCCAGGACGGCUUGAACAAGUAGUGGUGUAUGGUGCAUCAGUAUCAAAUUCUGCAGGGGGAGCAGACCCUGGCAUGUGUGAUGAGUCAAGGAGAGAAACAAGUUUUUUGUGAAGCUUUUUAAUAAUUGACAAAUUUACCUUGGUGGAUGUAAAAUCACAUCAUCAAGGGGAAAGGAAACAGAUAUUAAAACAUCGGGUCAGGCAAUAAAUUUAGGAUAAUAGUCAGUAAAUGGGCAUUGUGUGAAAAUUUUGUUUAUUGCUCGAAGGUGACUAUUUGAUAUCUCCAAACAGUAUCACUUUUAAAAAGUUUUAUAAGUAAUUUUGCAGACUUUGUGGAAAAUAUCUGCUGGCAAUUUCCUUUUUCUUUGACGAAGUCUUGGUAUGGUUCUAUCAUGAGAUUGAUAUUAUUGUUUACAUUAUCAGUAACUACAGACAUUGCCAGAUUUUAAGUUUUUAGUGAUAAAAAUCAUCUGUGAAUAAAUGCAGUUCAGCAUCUCAGUUUAGGAGUUAGGUAGUUUAAUGCUUCUCCAUUUUGCCACAAGAAAAUGAAGCGCUAAAUUGCUGCAUAGUUUACUUAGACCAAAUGUGGGCAUCAGAAAUCGGCUCUUAGAAAUGGCGACCAAAAAGGCACAAAGAGAUUUACGAAUGUGAACUGUUUCUGGUGUCAGAUAAGACCAGUUCAAAUGAAUCCAUUCCACAAUAAAAUGGCUACAAAGAAGAACUAGUUGUGAACUGUAGAGACAAAAUAGUCGUUUGUAGCUGUUAUUAUUGAGGCAUUUAAUAUAUGCCUGAAGAAGGGCUAUUGUCUACAUUAUAAACUUGAGUUAGGAACUUUCUUGGUACCAUUCCAGAAUCAGGGUAAACCUUCACUGCCUUUUAGGCUUUGUACUUGACGUGAGAGUAGAUGAAGUGAAGUGCGAUCACUCAGGGCAUUGACCUGGACCUCUUUUGCCACAUUUCAAAUCGUUCGGGCACCAGAGAUGCCUUUCUGCUGUUGGUGGAAGAUGCUGCAAUGCUCAGUAGGAAAACAUUUGAAAAGCUGGCUCCGCCCCUGAGGCGUCGCCAAAAAAAGAGUGUAAAAUAAAAAAACAAAUCGCUGGAAGCAAGCCAAAUCCAAGAGGCAGCUAAGGAUGCUCCUUCUUGGGUCACCUUGAAAGCAUUUACCUACGAGAGGGACUUGCUAGGGAAAAUUUACACACAUCCCCUUUUGUGGUACAUGCUGAUCUCAAAGAACUGAAAGGUUUUUUGCGCCAAGCAUUUCCAACAUGGCAUCCAUGACAGUAGGAGAGUAGUAUAUCUUUUGUGUGCAAAUACGUUCCUUGCCAUUCUGAUCAUUGAUGUUGUGGGGUUACUUUGCAAGUUGGGCCAAAAUUUGCACUCAGGACACAUUGAAGCCACUCCGUGGAUUGUUGGUGUUGCAUUUUGCCUGCUACAUGCUUAUGUGCUGGUGUAGUAUGCAAGGAAAGAACUAUUUCAGUAAAACAGGAAACCUAGUCAUAGCAGUAGUAGUAGUAUCCAGUGUUUGAUUAUACUGCUCUUGAGGUCCCUGAUACGGGUGGGCAGCAGCUGGCUAGUCUUCACACUGCACCUCCAGGCGGCUCUGUCCAGCAAGAUAUAUAUCAUAUAUAUUCCAGAACAAUGUGACUCAGUGGUUGUGUGCAACUGUUUCAUGGAGAACAUGUAUCUUCAUGUGAAACGUUUUGCCCUUACUUAAUCCUGUUGUAAAGGAAAUGGAAAGGGAGCAAUGUUGGGGGCAUUUAGUGCAGCUUCUGGCAUCUUGGAGUGAAUUUUUUCCAAAAUUUAAAAGAAUACUUGAGAGAAAAGUGAAGCAAUUUCUCAGUGUCUAACUUUCUAAAGAAAUGUCGGCAGUGUGUUAGAAAUAGAUGGAGGUCUGCCUGCCUCCACGAUUGGCAGUUGGCAGAAGCGGUUUCAUGGCUCGAGCUGGUAAAUGUGUGGUGUGUUUUGGGUACUAAGUUGAAGUCCCCUGGGACAUAAACAAAAAAAUGUCUGGACAUAAAACGUGAUGCGUUUUCUUUUAUGCCUUAAGGUCUUCAACUUUGACAUAGUACCCACAAUGCAUCACAUCGCAAAUGAGCAGUUGGAGAUUAUGAACCCACUUAUUGCACAAGAACAAUGAUAGCAUGAACAGGAGAUCUAUGUAAAAGUCACAUGGAAGUAUUGGUUUGUCAAGACUUUUGUAAAGUACUCCAGUUGAGUUUUAAGAGUUCUCCAAUUUUUCUACACCAUAUAGCAGGACAAAUGAAAAAGACAACUGUGGUACAACUACAUAAUAUAUAUAUAUAUGAGGCUGAAAUUUUUAACCAUCUUAUGCAAGUCGGUGUUGUAUGCUUGUUGCAAAUCAUUUAAUAAUCCAUUUGAAAGUUGAUAAUAGAAAAUUUUUAGUAAAGACAAUUUCAGGACAAUACAAUUCAUUGUACAUUUUUAGGAUGCACCAUACAUACGUGUAUGCCUUGUCAUAGGUUUUUUCCCAAUGUACAUUUACGAACGGUCUCCUUUAGUUUGCAUGAUCAGCAAAACUUACACCACACCAGGACUAUCUGUCCAUUUUUGUGGGUAAAACAUGUAGCUCAAAUGUUGUUUUUAAACUUGAAGUUCAGUACAUAAAAAAAGCUAUUCCAGUAUGUUUACUUGCAUGCAGGUGACAUCAAACCACACACUCCAUAUAUACUGUAUAUACAAUGGUCAGAUACAAUUGGUACUACCAAAUACUGUUAUUCACACACUAUUCAGUUGUAAUAAUUGACAUAACUUUGAAGCAAAGUUCUCUCUACCACAGAAACAAGUUUUGAGCACUGGGUAUUGUUGCUAGUAACCUUUGAACUAUCCAUUAUGUACAUACAUGACUCCCUACAAGUAUAACUACAAUGUUGUUUAAUACACUGUUGUGCCAAACUGACCUUGAAAGUUGUGUAUCUCUACAGUGGUGGGCAAGUAUUGUACAUGAAAGGUGUUGGGAGCAUAUGUAACACCUUUUCAUUGUCCCAUUGCAUGCUGGGAGAUGCAGGGCACCAUGGGUAGUGCAUAGGUGAACAAACAUUACUAGUAUUACCUUGACAAGUUGAAUGCCAUCCUCUGUUUGGUUUAUAUUAUCUUGGUAAUGAUGUUUUCCCUCCGCAUUACCCAUAAUGCCCAGCACCUCCCAUCAUACAAUGGGAUCGGUGAAAAGGUCUAUGUGAGAUGUGCAAACUGCUUGGAUGUGGUGAAGUCCUUUUCACUUAAAAAGGUUGAAGAAAUACUGUCAAAUUCUGUGAACAACUACCUGGGAUUGUAGAGUUGCAGAUUGUUUUAUUAUGCCACCAGACAAACAGUAUAACAAUUUUUUGUAACAUGUAGACUGGAUCCAUUCAUCACCAUAUGGAAGCAGGCAGAACAAUACUAUAAAGCAGGCUACGCCCCUGAGGUGUCGCCAAAAAGGUUCCUUGAGAUAUAUAUAUACAUAAAAUAUAACCAUUAGAACAGUCGCAACACUGAGAAACUUUUAAGAUGUUUUCAUAUGAUAUGGGUUGCAUUGAAUUCACCGCAUUUUGUACCAGGCAAUAUCAAUUUUUCUAUAAUGAUAUGAUCGUACAUCUAUAAAGUUGCAUUGUUUUAUUAAUUGAUUGAUUGAUUCUUUUAAGAUUAGUUCUGCUGGAUUUUUUGUAAUUUAAGGAUUUAUAAGUCUUGCAAUAUUUUGGUAUUCAAUGUUAUGUACUCCAAAACAGGGCUACAGACAAUGAUUUAUUUAUCAAUAAAUACUUUAUGGUGCUGAUACAUAUGUAUUAGAAUUCCAUUUUCUUGAUUACCUGUUUUUUUCAAAGAUGAAUAAAAGAAGGUAAAAUAUACUUUGUAUUAUAAUUCUUUUAAAGCAUGCUCUUGGUGUUAUACAAGACCAAUUGUACUCAGGCAGGAGUAUUGUUAGUUUUAUCCAUACAGUCUAGCUACAACUCACGACCUCUUCACUGCAUUGGUGUUUUGUUUGGAAUGUCUUCUGCUAGUAUGUACAAGAUGAUGAUGCACUUUUUUUUUACACUAUAGCAGUUUUUGUAGGUAAUGUAAUAUUACAAAGUUAGUAGAAAGGUAACAUUUGCAAAGCAAAUGCACAAUGUUUACCUUCGUACAUGUAUAUGGUCUGCUCUGUUAAUU